AUGGCUUAUACUGCACCGGCCGUUGUGAUAGACAAUGGAUCCUACACAACUAAAGCUGGCUUUGCCCUGGAAGAUCUACCGUCACUAGUCUUUAAUUCAAACUAUACACAAAUACCAGAAACUAAAAAGAUAAUAAUUGGAGAUGAAGAAAUGGAACAAAAUUCACAAUAUCCAGUUCAAACGUUACUAGAAGAUGGAGUUAUAUAUAAUUUCGAUAAUAUAGUUCACAAUUGGAGAUAUGUUUAUGAUAAUAUAGAUAAUUAUAAUCUGAUAAAUUCAAAAGAUUAUCCAUUAGUUAUGACUGAACAAUCAUGGAAUCCAAUGAAAAAUAAAAUUAAAACUUGUCAAUUAGUAUUUGAAGAAUUAGAAGUACCAAUUUUCAGUCUUGUGAAAAAUCCAAUAAGUCAAUUAUAUAGAAGUGGUAGAUCCACUGGAUUAGUUGUUGAUAUUGGAUCAAGUGUUACAAGUGUUACUCCAAUAAUAGAUGGAGUAAUUCAAGGAAAAUCAACUUUUCAUACAAAAUUUGCAGGAGAUUUUUUAAAUUUACAUGUAAUUAAUUAUUUACAAACUAAAAUUCAAUCAAUAGAUGAAUUAUUACCAAAUAAGUUUAGAUCAAAUCUUGCUUCAGAUUCAUUUAAAGCUUAUUAUAUGUCAACAAACAUUUUACAAGAAUAUAAAAAUUUAACAAGUAAUUAUCAAAUUUCAAAUUUUGAAAUAUAUGAUCAUAAAUAUUUAAAUGUAUCUGAUCAACACAAUUCAUAUUUAAAUAAUUUAUUUAAUCCUUUAGCAAAUCCUAUACCUAAUUUCAAUCUAAUGACAGAACCACCAUCUUUAGAUAAACCAAGUACUCAAGGUUUAAGUUCAUUAUUUUAUUUAGUAUUGAAAAAUCUUGAAGCUUCAUUAUUACCUACCACAAAUGAAGGUCCAUCACAAAAUAGAUUUGCAAAAUUUAUGGAAAUUUUUAAAAAUGUUAUUUCAAAUGUUUUAAUUACUGGUGGUACUUCAUUAGCUGGUGAUUUAUCACAUAUGAUAAUAAAUAAUUUAAAAUAUAUAACUCAACAAGAAUUUCCAAAUUAUUCUUUUCAUUAUAAUGUACAACAAAUUAAAUCAAGUUCAGAUAGUAGUGAAAUUUGGGAUAAACAAUUUAGUAGUUGGUUAGGAGCUUGUAAUUUAGCAUGUAUGUUAAAUGAUAAUGAAGAUAAUUCAAGUAGUGCUAAAAUUGCAUUAGAUAAUUGGUUUAUUACGAAAGCUGAUUAUGAAGAAUUGGGAGAGGAUUUAAUCGUAGAAAAAUUUAAAUAA